CUAAUAACCCAAAUAAAACCAGUCCUCAGAUCUGAUCAGAAUAACAGAAGAAACCAUUUCCUAGAUUCAAUUACCUAAAAUAGGCAUCAUAAGCAACCUAAAUCAUCUUCAGUUAGUUGCAAACAUAGUGUCAGAUACUUGAUGAUUUCUGAAGUUUCUAAUUGGUCAGGGUGGAAGGAUAUUGUCAGCAACAAUGGAGUAGUCGUCUCUGUGGCGGUUACCGUGGUGGCAAUCUCUUGGUCUAUAAUUAGCAGGAGGAGGAACUGCGGAAAGUCGUUGCCGGGACCGCGAGGGUUCCCCUUGAUUGGCAACCUUCUAUCUCUAGAACCUGAUCUCCAUUUUUAUUUUACAAAGUUAGCUAAAGUUUAUGGUCCAAUUUACAAACUUCAAUGGGGUAUGAAAUGUUGUGUUGUACUGAAUUCUCCAGCUCUGGCUAAGGAAGGCCUCAGAGAUCAAGAUGCUAAGUUUGCUGAUCGCGACGGACCUGUCGUGGGGAUGGUUUUAUCCUAUGGUGGUAUUGACAUGGUAUGGAGUUCUAGUGACAGUGAAUGGAGAAAACUUCGAAAGAUAUGUGCCCAUGAACUGAUGAGUAACACAAAUCUUGAUUCUUGUUACAGUCUCCGUAGAAAUGAGGUUCGAAAGAUGGUGAAAGACUUGUACAGCAAAAUCGAAACACCAGUCGACGUCUACGGAGCAGUGUUCACAGCGAACCUUAAUGUGAUAAUGAGUAUUCUGUGGGGUGGCACACUGGUUGGGGCCGAGAAGACAAGUGUUAAUGCAGAAUUCAGGCAACUAUUUCAUGAGAUUGUUGAGCUGAGUGCUCAGCCUAAUGUUUCAGAUUUUUUUCCGUUUCUUGAAUGGUUUGACAUACAAGGUAUUGACAAGAAAGCAAAGGCGCUAUUAGCAUGGAUGGACCGAAUCUUUGCUUCAAUAAUCGAUCAGCACAUGAAAUUGGAAAGGACCGAGGUGCAACACAAAGAAAGCAAGGACUUUCUGCAAUUUCUUCUGGAGCUCAUGGAGAAACAGGAUCCUAAAACACAAAUUACCAUGACCCAGAUGAAAGCAUUAUUCAUGGAUAUUGCUGUUGGGGGGACAGACACAACAUCGGCGACAGUGGAAUGGGUGAUAACUGAAAUGAUGCAGAAUCCAGAUAUGAUGAAAAAGGCUCAACAAGAGUUAGAAGAAGUGGUCGGGAAGAACAACAUAGUGGAAGAAUCUCAUAUCUUCAAGUUGCCUUACUUGGAUGCAGUUGUAAGAGAAACCCUUCGAUUACACCCGCCAGGUGCAAUGUUGGUUAGGCGUUGCCCUGAUUCACCUUGCACAAUUGGUGGUUACACUAUUCCUAAAGGUGCUAAAGUGAUUUUCAAUGUGUGGGGAAUGCACAUGGAUGCAGACGCUUGGAGCAAUCCGUCAGAGUUUCUACCUGAGAGGUUCUUAACUAGUACUCCUGAUAAUAUGAAAAAAUAUGAUUACAGAGGAAAUAACUUCAACUAUCUUCCAUUUGGGUCUGGGAGGAGGGUCUGUGUUGGGAUUUCUCUUGCAGAAAGAAUGGUAACGUAUCUAUCAGCUACGCUAUUGCAUUCAUUCGACUGGCAGUUACCUGAAGGUACAAAACUCGAUCUCACGGGGAAGUUUGGUAUCGUUUCGAGGAAGGCGAUACCACUUGUGGCUGUACCUACUCCUAGAUUUUAUCCUGAAUUUUACGAGUAAGACAUAAAUGAAGUACCAUGACAUUGCAGUUGAGUUGAGAGGCACAUUUCGUUGAUAUUGGGAGUGGGACUGUUAUAACGGUAAUAACAAUUCGUGGCGGAUCCAUAAUAACGGCUAUUUUAACGUUUUUUCGGCUUUUGUUUCUUUCUUUCUUUCUUUCUUUCAGUUUUCCCCAGUAAUACCAUUUUCUGAUGGCUGUUGUAACUUGUAACUCUUAAAGUCUAAACGGUCGGAGAUAGUUGCUUAAAGAGAUGGGAACUAGCAAAUUCCAUUCCAGACGUUUGCUUUGUUCCUUAUUUCACAACACUUGAUUAGAUUUUGACUAUCCCAUUUGAUAGGUUUGUAUUUUAAUUUUGAUUUUCGCUUGUGAUUUUAUUACGGCUGUUUUGUUUGA